CUUGGAGUCAUCGUAUCAGUGUGCGGGAGUCACUAUAUACAGUGGAACAGUAUAGAUAAACAUAUGCUGCAGACAGUCAGACAAGAGCUAUAGCAGCUGGCCCUGCCAUUAGUCUCUGGCUGAAUCUAUCCAGCCCAGGCAGCCCAGCAGCAGGCAUUUACUAUAGGACACACCCCCUCCUCCAGCAGCAGCUGCUCUCAGCUGACAGAUCCUCCCCCUCACCCACUGGCAUCAUGGAGUCCCUGGCUGGAUGAGACAAAGCCUGCUGUAAUCUAUUAAAGGAAAGAGCACCUACUUGGAAAAGCCCUAACCAUGCCCUUUAUUGAUGAGAACCAGCUGUCUGUGCGGGAGAUGCGAGAGGAGGAAGCACCCGUGGUACUGGAAAUGUUGAAGGACGGCUUCAAGGAUACAGAAAACCGUUUAAUCCUCUACAUUCUGACACGGCCUAUGACUUUACUGCUUAUGGCAGUUGCAAGUAGCGGCCUGCGCUUCAUCUUGAAUUCCUUUAGCGUUGCUCUGGUCAUUCCUGUUCUUCUGACUAUUGUGGGCCUGAAGUUACUGCUGUGGCGCUCUCCCGACCUGAAGCAGAUCUACUCGUAUUACAGCAUUGGCCAACGCAAAAUCUGGGUGGCAGUGUAUGACCAGGAUGACAUCUGUGGAUGUGUGGCCCUUGAGCCUACCCAAGAUCAUCAGACAGUUGAGCUGAAAAGGAUGUCAGUCAGCCGCUGGUACAGACGUUCAGGAGUGGGAACCCAUCUUUUAAAGUUCUUUGAGGACCAUGCUAAGAAGAAAGGCUUUCGGGGCAUUGUUCUUUACACUUCCGUGGUGGCAAAAGCAGCCAUUGGGCUCUUCAAGAACUGUGGAUACAAAGUCACGGGGGGCUGGAAUUGGCUUGGCUACACUAUUGUGCAGGAGUUCAGGAAAGACAUUUAGUAGAUUGCAGUAGGACGGUACAUAAUGUGUGUAGUGAUUACUGGUGUGGCCUUGGCAAAUAUUUCACUUUUGCCCAUGAAUAUUUAUGUUUUAUAUUGUGUUUCCCAGUCUGCUAAUAUUUCACAACAAUUACAUAAAAUGUGUUAAAAUUUAUUUUAAAAGUUUUUUAUGUUUAUUUAAUAUUAGGCACGCAGAAACAUUCAUAUUGCAGACUCCGGUUAUGGCAAAGAAAAUAUUCUUUACUAAUGCAUAUUUUGUAGCUGGCGGCAGCUGGACAAUCACAAGUUGCCAUUCCUGGUCCCUACGCUGGUUUGUAGAGGGAGCCGCGAUCUAAGAAAUGUGAUUCUUCAUUAUUUAUUAUGGGUGGAAACUUGGUUUCUCAUACCACAUCUUUGUAUAGCACAUUGGGUCCAAUCAUAUGGCUAGUCAGAAAUCUCCUUAUCAGGGGAAACAACCAUAAACGCAAGGGUAGAAGAAUUGCCCUGUCAUAUUAAAGGAACAGUAACACCAAAAAAUGAAAGUGUAUAAAAGUAACUAAAAUAUAAUGUGGUGCUGCCCUGCACUGGUAAAAGUUGUGUGUUUACUUCAGAAAGUCUACUAUAAUUUAUAUAAAUAAGCUGCUAUGUAGCCAUGGAGGCAACCAUUCAAAGGAGAAAAGGCACAGGCACAUGGCAACACAGCAGCUUAUUUUAUAAAUUAUAGUAGAGUUACUGUAGCAAACACACCAGUUUUACCAGUGCAGGGCAACAGUGCAUUAUAUUUUUAUUACUUGAAAGCUCUUUCAUUUUUUGGUGUUACAGUUCCUUUAAAUAUCAUAUAUUGGCAGUGAUAAUGUUGUAUAUUGGGCCCCACUGCUUUUAAUAGCUGCAUAGCAUAUAGGUGACUGUGAAUGGAACCUGCAGGAAUAGGGCAAUGCUCAAUAUACAAAACCAGUAAAGGUAAUACAGUAUUUUAUACAAACUGCAUGAGUUGGUAUUGUGCUGGGUAUGUUUCAUUGCACAUUAAAAUAUUGUUUUAUA